AUGAGUAAAAGGUCCCUCUCGACGUCAUAUUUGGAGGACCAGUGGCUGGAAGGCUGCGUGGAAGUGGGGGACGGAACAAAUCAGAGGGAGGCAGUGGAAUCUGGGGUGGCAGGGGAGGACGUCCUGGAACAGGACACAGGGGAGUCGACUGCUCUGAAGACAUUGAACGACUUGAAAUGCAUCUUGACCCUUGGAGCGGAAAUAGCGCCAAGUUUUCCCUCUGAGAAAAUGGCCGUUCUUGUUGUCUUGCUGUUGACUAUCUGUACACAGGAAUUGAUUUUUUAUGGUGUUCAUUCAACUCCACAGGUAGAAUUGGAGCGGCAGCGGACACUAGAUUUCAUUUUGCAGGAAGGACAACGGGCUUUGGCACAACUAGAAGCUGUUGGCCAGAGUUUUCAGACGCUAGGGCGUGGGAAAGAAGUAUUACAGCUCUUGGAAGAAUUUAGAACUCCCCAAAAGGAGUCCAACUCUAAGGAGCUAGCUGUGGAGGCACGCAUGUCUUCCUAUCGAAUUGUACAGUGUAAAGAGGCUCUACAGCAACUUCAACCCUGGAUACAAAGCUCUAUUUCGAUCCCCGAAGAGGUGGCAGAACGCCUUCUCAAAGUUGUUUCGCACACACGGCAAGCGGGCAAGGCAAGACUCAGGAGGGAUCUCAAUGCGGCCGCCUGGGUGGAAAUUGUGCAAGAACGGUUUGGUGUCUCUACAAUUGCCGAAAAACAGCGCCUAAGAAGGCCGUUACCCCCUCGCCUGCGUCCAGAGGACCAGAUAAUGAAAUACCAGAAUCAUUACGGACUCCUAGCACUUGCUCUUGCCCGCAGCAUCCAAACGGCUAGGAAAGAUCAGCCGGUCGAACAUCAAAGAGACGCGCAGCACCUGCAUGGAGACCAGCAGCAACAAAAGGACAAUCAAACACUCCACGAGCAACAGCAUCCGUCGACCAGCCACAUUUCUGACAACAAUGAUGAUUCUAGACCCACCCCCCAACCUGCUGUUGAUCAACCAGCGACUGCGACAAACAGUGUACUGGCACACGCCUUGCAUCAUCCACUCCCCUCUCCUGUCCCCCGCCAAGGACCCCUGCUGACUACAAGCAACACGUUGGUGAACCUGCCAUUGCUCGACCCAACUCAGUCGUCUCCUGCAGACUCGCAACAAAACAUUCCCAUUGCCCAAGCAGAGCGUUGGGAGCAAUCCCCUCCCCACUCCACUCCAAGUGGGUACGAAUCGCAGCACGCUGCAAUGGCCCAAGAAUGGUCCAUGUUCAAUUCUUCUACGGCAAAUUCUGUUCUCCGAGCAAAUGCGCCCCUGCAUACAACGAUACGGUAUCGCCAUCAAGCGGGUAUGCAGCAUCAUAUACACCCUGUCUCUUCUGAUGCCAGUUAUGUUUGGUGGUACGCUCCAUCUCCCUUUGGCUUUGAAGUGGAUUCACUAGCAGCUUUCCCUCACCCUCUUCCCUUGCCGCGCCCAAUACCCGCGGCUACUCUGAGCCCCAGUGGAUAUAUCAGAACGGUGUUCCCACUAACAGCGUCUUCAACUGGAAGCCCUACGCCUCGGAAUCCUCUUCCAACGCCCCAAUUCCCAUCGCCUAGACCUUCCGCUGACCCCUCGAGACUCCCUCAACCCACUGAAGGACUGUCCCUUCGCUUUUCCAGACCCAUCCUUCAUAGACCCCCUUCAGACGUUCCACGACACGGCCCUGAACCUUCUACACUAGUCUCUGGAGGUCGGCGAUCUAUACCUAGUUGGCGCUUUGAACCUCCUAGAGCAUUUUGGCCACCUACAGCUGGAGGCGAUCAAGGAGACGCACAUUUGCCAUCUACGCAUAAUCUAGUGGACCUCGACCCCCUCGGUCCUCUAGUUGCAGAAGCACUUUCAUCAGCGCUGUCUGAUUCAGAUUCGCCUACGGGAUCUGGACAAGGACCACACAGGGAUCAAGGGUGGCCAUAA